CACGCCGACUGCGCAGCGCCAGCACUUCCAGGUGUGCUCUGUAUCUGCAUCCCAUACACAAUGGGAUUGCACCUGGCUGUGUACGUACACAGAGAUGCUGCUGCAAUGUGGUGACAGGGUUAUGUAACUACUACGUGCGCUCUUCCCACUACGUAUCGCCAGAAGCGGCGGCGCAGAACGCUUAUGUUUGUGUGGUACUGGUGCUGCUGCUCCUUCUAUAUGUGAUCUUGUGAGACUCUCCCUGGCUGCAGUGUCCUUAGUGCACACAUAGUGAUCAGCCACACACACUACCCCCGGUCGCCAGCCAUGGCACACCACCCCCUGCCGGGCACAGCAGCCUCACAGCAGCCGCCGGACCUCUACAGAGACACGUGGGUCAGAUACCUGGGCUAUGCCAACGAGGUUGGGGAGUCAUUCCGUGCCUUAAUACCUAAAGCUCUUGUGUGGGCCACCUAUGGAAUAGCUACAGCAUAUGUAACUGCAGAUGCCGUAGAUAAAGGUCAGAAGGCAGCAGAGGCUAACCAAGAUGGUCCAGAUCGAAGAACAGAUAUCACAGUAGCAGUAGUAGAUACUUUUGUCUGGCAGGCUCUUGCCUCUGUUGCCAUUCCUGGGUUUACCAUCAACAGACUAUGCGCUGCUUCACUUUACAUGAUGGGACGUGUUACUCGCUGGCCUCUCCCAGUACGGAAGUGGGCUACUACUGCAAUAGGACUCUCAGCUAUUCCUGUAAUUAUAACACCAAUAGACAGAUCUGUGGACAUGUUGCUAGACUCAAGUCUGCGCAAACUCUAUGGCACAAAGGCAAGAGAGCCAGAGUCAUCUGAAACCAGAUGAGUCCCUACUGGAGGAGUUCCGUUUGAGAGAUGUUUCACCUGAAGGACUGGAUCAGAAGAACAUUAACUGACCGAAGGACAUGUUCAAAAGUAAACCUGCAUGAUCCUAGUCCUAAGAGCACUGGAAAACUGGUCCAAUAGCAUGUGUAAAGGCACUGACUUUAGUGAUUGAAUGUUUGUAAGGAGGCAAAUGUUCCACUUAAUAAAAAAGAUGUAAUAGCUUGUAGGACACUAAA